AUGAGGACAUUUGUAAAAGGUUUUUGGGUUGUCCUUUUUGUUGCAGUGGCAGUUGAUAGGCUGAGAGGUGAUGAGUUGGUGAAUGUCACCGCAGCUAAACCUCAAGCCAAUACCAACUCUUCCCCACGCUCGCUUCAUCUCAACUUUCCCCCAGGAAAAGACAAUGUUGAAGUAGGCAAUACAAGUUCCACUGAAUUUGAGCUCAACAACAAGAAGAAUAAAGGAGGUGGAGGUGGAGGGGGAGGUGGUGGUGCUGGUGCUGGUGCUGGUGGUGGUGGUGGCGGGGGCGGAGGUGGUGGCAAAGGAAGAGGAAGAGAUAAAGGCAUGAUUGAGGGAAAUGAAGCGCAUAAGAAGAGAGUUUUCAACGAGGAUUAUAGGAUAGGAGAGUUUGCUGAGUGCAUGGUUAGAACAAGGUGCAGAGGCCUGAGGUUGGAUUGCCCCCUGCAUUGUGAUGGACCUUGCGUCUAUGAUUGCCGACAUAUGUGCAAAGCUCACUGUACACGCCCUUGA